CUUGGCGAAGUCGCUGACUGUCUAGCUGGGCGGAUUUAGUCGUGAGGCGUACCAGCGAGCACAAAGAAAGCCUCGUGUAGACGUGUGCCUGUCCAACAGCUUUUGCUUCACGGUGGUACAAAAAGCCAAAAGGGAAAGAAGACCGAUUCACGCCGGUGUAUCUGGAUUUCUCCUUGAAUUGGAGGUGACCGAAAUCUGAUUAAAAAAAAAUUGGAGGGUGUAAGAGGUGGAGCUCAAAGUUGGAAUAGCUGCAGUGUUCCAUAACAACGGGAAGGAAAGGAGAGAAGUCGAGGACUUUGGCAUUCCGGUGGUGUCAGCCACCAACUGCUGUAAGUCAGGUGUACAAAAAGACAUCCACAGCAGAAAGUAUUUGAUAGAUGGGCACAAUGAAGAUUCAGGAGAUUGUAGAUCUUCAAAAUCAAUCUGCAUUGUGAUGGUUUAAUGGAAUCUAGAAUUUACUAGUUCAAACCAAAAAGGUGACCAGCAGCCUUUUCAAAAAGAUCAUUGUGAAUCGUUUACUCUCUCUUUAUUUUUAUUCUGGUUUCAGCAUCCUUUAAAAAAACUGCCCUUUUUCACUGAAACACUUGUGUUUUUCUAUGAAGCAAUACUGGAAGGUUUGAAGACGGAGUUAUUCUUUUUUCUGUUUUAAAAGUUUGUUCCAGCUUCUUUGAAAAAGCUUUCAAAAUGAGUGCAGAGGGAUACCAGUACAGGGCGCUCUAUGACUACAAAAAGGAGGCAAAGGAUGAUAUUGAUUUGCAUGUUGGAGACAUUUUACUUGUUAGUAAGGGCACUUUGCUGGCUCUUGGAUAUUGUGAUGGAUUUGAAGAAAAGCCAGAUGAAAUGGGCUGGCUGUGUGGUUUAAAUGAAAUGACUCAAGAAAAAGGAGAGUUCCCUGGAACAUACGUUGAAUUCUUGGGUAAGAAGAGGAUAUCUCCUCCAACUCCAAAACCACGACCUCCACGGCCCUUGCCUGUUGCACCUGGAGCAGGAAAAGCUGACUCAGACUCUGAGCAAGUAUCCACUCUUCAGGAUCUCACAGAACAGUUCUCUCCUCCUGACAUAGCCCCACCAGUGCUUGUAAAGUUGAUAGAAGCCAUAGAAAUGAAAGGUUUGGAUAACCAGACUCUCUACCGAAACUUUGGGUCACACAUAGGUCCAGAGUUAAGACAGUGUUUAGAAAGUGGUGAUGCUGCUUCAGUUGAUUUUGAUCAGUUAGACCUACAGAUUUUGUUGGAAGGUCUAAGAAGGUAUCUGCAGGAUCUGCCAAAUCCUGUCAUUCCAGCAUCUGUUUACAGUGAAAUGGUACAUGUGGCACAAGAGGUACAAAAUGCAGAGGAGUGUGCCCAGCUGCUGAAGAGGAUUGUCCGGUCACCCAAUGUGCCUCAGCAGUAUUGGCUUACGCUUGAUUAUCUAGUCAAGCAUUGUUGUAGAGUGUGCCAGCAUUCAAGCAAAAAUUUGCUAACUGCAAGACUUCUGGCUGAAGUUUUCAGCCCUUUGCUGUUCAGGCAUCAGGCAGCAAGCUGUGAUUCAAAUCCUGAGCAUCACAUAAAGAUAAUAGAAGUUUUAAUAACCAGCGAAUGGAAUGAAAGUCAGGUUGCCCCAGCAUUGCCUCCGAAACCUCCUAAGCCCACUGCAGUUGCAAACAACGGUAUGAAUAACAACAUGUCCCUGCAAGAGGCAGAAUGGUACUGGGGUGAUAUAUCCAGGGAAGAAGUCAAUGAAAAGUUGAGGGACACAGCAGAUGGUACUUUCUUAGUUCGUGAUGCCUCAACGAAAAUGCAUGGAGAUUAUACGUUAACAUUAAGGAAAGGAGGAAACAACAAACUUAUUAAGAUAUUUCAUCGAGAUGGAAAAUAUGGUUUUUCAGACCCACUUACUUUUAACUCUGUGGUUGAGCUCAUAAACCAUUAUCGCCAUGAUUCACUUGCUCAGUACAACCCUAAGUUAGAUGUGAAGCUGCUAUACCCUGUGUCCAAGUUCCAGCAGGAUCAGGUUGUAAAAGAAGAUAGCAUAGAUGCAGUGGGCAAGAAACUACAUGAAUAUCAUCUCCUGUAUCAGGAAAAAAACAAAGAGUAUGAUAGACUAUAUGAAGACUAUACAAGAACAUCACAAGAGAUUCAAAUGAAAAGAACAGCUAUUGAAGCCUUUAAUGAGACCAUCAAAAUUUUUGAAGAGCAGUGCCAAACACAGGAACGAUACAGCAAAGAGUACAUAGAGAAAUUCAGGAGAGAAGGAAAUGAAAAAGAAAUUCAAAGAAUCAUGGUGAAUUAUGAGAAGCUGAAGUCUCGAAUCAGUGAAAUUGUAGAUAGCAAACGGCGUUUGGAAGAGGAUUUAAAGAAACAAGCAUCAGAUUACCGUGAGAUUGACAAACGCAUGAACAGUAUCAAGCCUGACCUUAUUCAGCUCCGAAAAACAAGAGACCAGUACUUAUUGUGGUUAACACAAAAGGGUGUAAGGCAAAAGAAACUCAAUGAAUGGUUGUGCAUGAAGAAUGAUAAUACAGAAGACCAAUACUCUAUGGUGGAAGAUGAAGAAGACUUGCCUCACCACAACGAGCAUUUAUGGAAGCUGGGGAACAUCAACAGAACUCAAGCAGAAGCUUUGCUCCGAGGAAAGAGAGAUGGGACAUUCCUUGUCCGGGAGAGCAGCAAGCAAGGCUGUUAUGCCUGUAGUGUUGUUGUGGACAAUGAAGUGAAGCACUGUGUCAUCAACAAGACUCCUACAGGAUAUGGGUUUGCAGAGCCAUACAACUUGUAUAAUUCCCUUAAAGAACUGGUGCUUCAUUACCAGCACACAUCACUUGUACAGCACAAUGACUCUUUGAAUGUGACUCUAGCAUACCCAGUUUAUGCACAGCAAAGACGAUGAAGGCAACAUGCUUUAUGCUGGACAAAAUGGACUGAUGGCCUCUUGAAAGGAAUACAAAGGAUGCCUUUGGAGCUGAGAAUGCCUGUGUAUGUUUUAUCAGGCCUGACAUGAGCCUACUGCACAUUUCAGCUGGAGAAGGAAAGAAAGCGACAGUAAACGGUGUUGAGCUGUGAAUGUACUUUUUUGAUUUUCUAGUGCUUUUAAAAAGAGAAAGAAAUAAACUAUUAAGAAAUAAAAGCACAAAAUGGGACUGCUAUACUAUCUCCUGGUCGGAGGACACAGAGGCCUUUUCUUAAUGGUGCUUGUUUACAUUCUUUUCAAAGCUUUACCAGCUGGAAUGUCAAACGCUGAGACAUGGGGUGCAAGAACUUUUUUUUGUACAGAUGGUGUUGUUUUUUUUUUUUUUUUAAUUAUUAUUUUUCAAAUUUUGUUGUUUGUUCUUGUGUGCGUGUGUGUGUGUGUGUGUGUAUAUAAAACCAGUUACCCUGUUUGGGAUGGGAAGCACCCAGUUUUCCUCCCCCAUCAGUCCAGCCUUCAUUUUUAGUGCUUGGACCAGGUGAUUUAUGUAGCAAAAUGGCACUUUCAAGUAACUGAAACUUCUCUUGAGAGGACUUGACUACGAAUGUGGUACAGCUUUGUAAAAUCUAACCUCAAGAUACUGAUUUUUUUUUUUUUUUUUUUCCUCCUCUCAAGCACUAGUGGAAACUUGUGAAUGACUGUUUCCCCUGAUCUUUGGACUAAAAGCAGGAAAGACCGACAUGGUAUAUCAUAUUGUACAUAGUAAAGGAAGGACUUGAAGCAAAACUAUGUAAUAGAACCUAAAAUACCAAACAUUUUCUGCUCAUCCUUCAUUUUACGCUAAUUGUGCUAUGCAAAACUUCUGCUUUUUCCAUUCAGUGCUGAAUUUUUAUUUUAAAUUGUACCAUUAAUAUAAGCUUGUUUUUAUUUUCAUUUUUUAUUUGUGUCAUUGUUCCAUUAUAUAUUUAACAAGAUGCCUCGCUGCAUACCCAGAAACAAUUGGCUUUAUUAUUAAUUAUUAAAAUAUACUUUCAUUUUUUGCAAUGACAAAACUUUUUUUUUUUUGGUUUUAUGUAUUACAAAGAAUUUAUAUAAAAUGCUUUGUUGGACAAAGCUUGCUUAAGUUAACAGAACUUUAUUUUAUUUUAUUUUUUUCAAUUUUCACCCCUAUCAUGCAUUAAUGAUUAUUUCUUUCUGAACCUGGAGGAUAUUUUUAUGUAACUGGGGGGUUGGGAAUCCCAGAGACAGUGGAAUAUUCUAAUUUGAGGUUUUAAUGUAAAAGAAAGAAAGAAAAUGAAAGAAAACAGCCUAAUACAAUGCAUCUGUUAAUCUUGAAAAAAUCCCCACAUGCAUUGACCUGAAAUGAAACAUCUGGGUGGUAUGAAUGAUAGUCUAUGGUGGCAAAUUAACUUUAGAAAGGUCGGUGAGGAUGUCUUUUUUUUUUUUUUUAAAUAUUGUAGUGUAUUUUCUGUAUCAGAAAACCCCUUUACUGUUUAAAAUUGAUAAAACUGGUAACUUGUGACAUACUUGUUAAAUUACAUACCAGUACACUUUAAAAAAACUGUUACAUGCACUAUAUAAAAUAUAGUAUCUAAAAAGCUAACAAUAAACAAUAAAAACACUUUUAAAGUUGUAUGCAUUUUAGAUCAGAUAGGGUUUAUUUCUUUCUUUUUACAUCACUAAGGUUUUGGAGCAUUUUCUGUGCUGAGCACCAUUAAACUCUUUUCUGCCUUUACUACUUUGCACUGUCAAGUAUGUGUCCUCUCAUACACAGGUAUUCAGAAUUGUUAUUUAUUCUGCCUGUCACUCAUUUCGCAAAGGUGUAUAUUUACACAUUUUAUUUAGUUGCAUAAAUAAAAGAUUAAACUAUUGAA